CGGUGCAUACGUCAUAGUAUGUCUUCCAGGAAACUCCGUCGGUGUGAGAAUCGUAGUAGAGCGGAAUCUGGCUUAAUUUCCGACACUGUCCCUCUUUUUGUGCCGCGAUGCCUUCCGUCAAAAGCUUCGCGAUGACAUACGACGCGCUGAACGAGCUCGAUACGUUUUCAGAGGGAGACCGAAUAACGGGAGCCGUCACCCUGACCUUAUCAAAGCAAACCAAAGUUAACCAACUGUUCGUUAAGGCCAAGGGAGACGCCAACGUGCACUGGACGAGGAGAAACGGCGACAACACGCGCACAUACUCUGACCACCAGAGAUUAUUUAAACUGAAGCAGUUUUUACUCCCGGAGAGCCCGGAUGAAAUCACUUUACCGGCAGGGACCCAUGUCUAUCAUUUCAGCUUCACGAUACCAACUGGAAGUAUGCCCUCAUCCUUCAGAGGAACUCAUGGAAAAAUUGUCUACCAGCUGGAAGCCAAGCUGUGCAGGAGUUGGAGGAUGGACUCCACAGUGGAGAAGGAGAUCAAAUUUGUUUCCAAGUCUUAUCCAGAUCUUCAAAUGCUGAUGUCUCAACAAGUUGGUUCAACAGACAAAGAGCUCGGAGUCUUCUCAAAAGGAAAUGUACACAUGGAUGUCAUCCUUCAAAAGUCUGUUUUGGCUGCAGGUGAGACAGUGGAGGUUAAUGCACAAAUCAACAAUUCUUCUUCCAGUGAGAUGACUCCCAAAUUCAGUGUGAAGCAAGACAUCUUGUUCCGGGCCAGAGGAGAUACCAAAGAAGAGAGCAACGUCAUCUUCAAAGUGGCUGGGAAGUCCGUUAAAGCUCGUUCUCAAGAAACGGUCAAGUGUUUAGUGAUGAUUCCCCCUGAACAGAUCCCAACAAUCCAGAAUUGUCAGAUCAUCUCAGUGGAAUACCGUUUAAAGGUGUCUCUGGACAUAAGCUUUAGCUUCGAUCCCGAGGUUGUCUUCCCUGUGAUCAUUAUACCUGGUGGCAGCGCUCCAGGCUCUCAGAAUUGCAGGGCUGUGGGUCCCCAUGAGGUUGGAGCUUUUGGUGGUCCAAGCAAUAGUGAUUUCCCCCCCGCCGUGCCGAUAGGCCUGUACCCUGCAUCUCCUCAUCCAGGAGGAUAUGGAUACCCACAAGCCCCGAUGUAUGCGACUCCCCCGCCCGCAUACCCACAUCAGCCACCGCACAUGACCGUGGGCUACAGCAACCCAGUUCCACAGCUGCCUUCUCCAUACAGCUCCCCUUCUCCAUACAGCUCCCCGUUUUCAUCUUCAUCCUCCUCCUCAAUGCUUCACCCUCCACCUCCUACCCUUCCAUUUAAUCCACCCCCAUCAGCUCCACCUUUCAGCCCCCCUUCCUUUCAGUCUCCAACAGCUCCCAACUACAGCAUGCGGCCCAGUGCACCAGUGAUGGAUGCAGACUUUCUGUCUCAAACAGACGAAGCUCCACCGGCGUAUUCGUUGCUUUUCCCAUCUUCACCCCUUGAAAACAAUCAGAUGUCAGGGUUGAAGAUUCAGAACAAGCUUCUGGGUAAAUGCCUGCUGGUGCAAGACGGAACUGCAGGAGGUCGAGUGUCACUGGGAGAGUGCAGCCCAUACUCGCCAUCCCAGGAGUGGCGCUGGCUGCCAGAGGGCGGCGCUCUCAGCAGCCUGCACACUGGAGAGUGUCUAACCGCACCCAGAGGGGAGUAUGAGGGUGUCCAUCUGCAGCCCUGCCUCUCUCCAGAUGCAGUUUUUGGGGCAGGUACAGGAAGAAAAGCCAGCAGCCAGGCAUGGACCUGCUCAAAGAAAGGCCAUCUUACUCUAACGGGGACAGGGUUACACCUCAGUGCUGCGCAAGAGUCCACUUUGGUCUUCCUGUCCAGGGACCAUAAGCAGGGCAGUAGAUGGAGAACACUUGAUAACCAGACCCUGUGCACUGGAAGGGACCACAAACAUGACCAAAACCAACCUCCCCACCAACUGGAGGAACUGGAAACAGAAGUUUCUCUAAGUAAAAUUGGCACUGGUGGCACAGAACCGUAUCCCGCCACAGACCUCACUGACCAGUACCUGAGCACCAAAUCCCCCGCAGAUCCAACCAUGAUUUUUUUCAGUAUGGACUAUGGGAUGGGCUGGAAGAUAACAAUGUUGGUGCUGAGCUCUUUGGCCCUGGUCCUGGGGACUGUGAUCCUUAUCCUCAAUGUGUACUCAAACAGGAGGAAGAAAGUGGUCUGUGUUUUGAAGUCCUACAGUCCAAGGGCGGACAAGAAUGCUCCUGGAUCGCCGGUGCUCAGUGAGCGAGCCCCGCUCACAGAACAUGCCAUGCGCUUCCCACACUCCUCCCCCACUUUACAGCGAGGAGAGAUCCUCAUUGAGUGGAAAGAUGGCACUGUUACUCCACUGUACGAAGCCUGA